AAAAGGAACCCAAAGAGGAGGGAGACUGGAUGAAUGAAACAUCUCACUAACUGAGGAGGAAGAGUAGUUAGGGUUUAUGCAGAAAGCUGGGUUCCACUGUCUAAACCUUUAGUUGGCUCUAUGGUUGCAGGCUAACUUAUCCGUUUGAGUUUGUUGCUGCCGCGGUGCGUCUGCAUUUAAGGGCUGAAGUGUUGCUUCCAGUGAGAGUCGACUUGCAUGGUGAAGAUGCUUUUCAGUGGGUGGCUUCUCUGCAUAUUCAGCUGCGUUCACACCUGUGCUGGGUACUCACAGCUCUGCAAGUCCCACAAAAUGUGUCUGAUGGAAAGAGGACUGCUGGAUGGCAGCUCAAAGAGCCGGGUGAAAGAGCGCAGCGGUCCGAGUGUGGGACACCAGGACACGCCUCACAGAAGCCGGCUGCACCGCAGAAAAGGUACCCGAGUUCAAACAGAGGAGAUAGAACCUCGUAUAGUCCACCAUCCCUCUGACGUGGUGGUCAAACUGGGCAAUCCUGCCACUCUCUCCUGCCGGGUGGAUGGCAGCCCAAAGCCGACCAUCGAGUGGCUGCGGAACGGUCAGCCCCUGGGGACACAGAAGGGAGAUGGCCAAGUGCAACCCAUGCUUCUGUCAGAGGGCAGCCUCUUCUUUCUAAAUGUGGGGGGAGGCAGGCGUGGCCCGUCCCAUGAGGGCGUGUACGCCUGCAUUGCUAGAAACAGUGCCGGCAAGGCCAUCAGCCGCAACGCUUCGCUGUACAUCGCAGUUCUGAAAGAGGAGUUCAAUGUACAACCCAGUGAUGUGGAGGUGGCAGAAGGGGAGGUUGCUGUGUUAAACUGUGAUCCACCCAUGGGACACCCAGAACCCAAUGUCAUCUGGAAAAAGGAUGGUGUGCCCAUCAACAACACUGACCACCACUACACAAAGCUGAGUAGGAAACUGAUCAUUGAGCCUGUAGAGAAGAACCAUUCUGGGUCUUACGUCUGUGUGGCCAGGAACAUUAUGGGAGAGAGACAGAGCAGGGCAGCUCGGCUCUCCGUGUUGGCUAAACCUGUGUUAGUGCUGAAACCAGAAAAUGUGUCUGUGAGGACGGGAGAGUCUGCCCACUUCUACUGCCAAGCUAAAGGUGACCCUACUCCUGCUGUGGUCUGGAGACGAGAGCACGGGCCACUGCCCAACGGCAGGUAUCUGAUAAACCCAGACCAGACUCUGCAGCUCCAUUAUGUCACGGUGCAGGAUGCUGGGAGUUACACCUGCACUGCUGCUAAUCAUGUAGGUGUUGUCGCUGCUACUGCACAGCUUGAAGUCGAAGAAGCUCCCAACACUGAGCAGAAAGACUUGCACAGAGAGCUGUCAGCCUUACGAGUGGCUCUGGAGAACGUCACCAUCAUUGUGUCUGGGUCCAACGUAUCCCUGGUACAGUGGAAGCUUCAGUCCUUCCCGGCUCAGCCGCAUUACCUUGACGGCUUUGAGGUUCUCUAUCGCUCCCUGUUGCCUGUCAGCUCAGACUGGGCAGCAAAGAAGGUUUCACCGCCAAGCUUCCAGGCUCAGGUCGGUCCCCUGAAGAGGGGCUACAAGUAUGAGUUCAAGGUUCGUCCUUUUGGUAGCAACCUGUAUGGAAGGGAGAGCAACACGCGUCAUCUCAGAGUGCCUGAGAGAGCGCCUAGUGCCCCCCCACAGGCUGUGUCCAUCGCGGUGAACCACGAGCAGAAUAACAGCAUCCAUUUGAGCUGGGAGCCUCCUCCUCGUGAUAGCCACAAUGGUGUCAUACAGGGCUACCAGGUGUGGUGUGUGGAGUCGGAUGAGCAGCAGUAUCAGAACUGGACGGUGGACAGCAGCCGACACAGCCUGGAUAUCUCCACGCUGAAACCAGACAGUCAGUACUGGAUCACCAUGGCAGCAGUGAACGGUGCUGGAGUGGGCGCGCUCAGUGUCCCUCAUGCAUUUGCAAUCAACCCAGAGUCAGGAAGCCCCACAGACUCAGACAGCCACAAACAGGAUGCGUCUCCUCUGCUGGUCCUGCUCCAGGACCCAGUCCUGAUUGGCAGCAUCGGUGCCCUCUUGUGGUGUCUUCUGAUGAUUGCAGCUGUUUUCCUGUUCAAACGCCACAGCAGCACAGGUCACCUGUUACCUCGCCGUGGCAAGAGUACAGGUCUGCACAAACUGGCCAGUGAAGAUCUCAUCAUCAAACACAGGAUGGCGGCUCCAGAUUCUCCAUGGAUCUCUGGAAGCUGGAGACCUCCCUUCAACCAGAAAUAUCAGGACUUAUGGGCCCAGGGUCACACACAUCCUGGGAUCAGAAGCACCAGUCUCCCAGUCUCAUCCAGACCGGACGGUAGGAUCCUGGACUCCGCUGUCCCCAUUGUGACCGACAGCUGUGGAGUCUAUGGCACUUUUUAUGUGGACCUACAGGGCAGUGGCUUGAAGACCUUCAACAGUCCUGGACGCUGUCCUAAAAUGCCUCAUGGCGUGUCUCAUCAGCAAGGAGGUGAGAUGAUCCAGAUCUUCCCUCAACCCAACUCCAAGUCCUCCCCCCUGGGCAGCCAGGAAGCUCUGCCGUGGAAACAGGCCAUACGGCCGCAGCCAAAGAUGGGCGUGCUGAGGGAAUCAUGGGAAAAGAGAAACUAUGGAAAGCAAGAGCUGCAUGCAGUCAACAGCUUUCCUGUACUUUCAUCCAGAAACCAGGCCUGUCCCUCCAGUUUCUGCCAACAGAGACUCAGUCAUGUACCAGCAGGACGACAUGGUGGAGCUCCAGAGGGUGUCAGAGUUGCUGCUGGUUCUCGUUUACUGCAUUAUUCUGCCUCUCUGCACUUACUGGACCUGCUGCCCCCUCCCCCACUGAAUGCCCCAGAUGAGCCCGCAGAGAGAAACACCCUGUCCUCAGAUGAAGGUUCCAGUGACUCCACAAAGCUUACUGAGGACAUGGGCUCCAUCUCAUCAGUAAGUCCUCCAGCAGGUUAUCCUGGACAAGCCGGACUGAACGAAUGCAGCUGUGCCCCCUGCAGCCACCUGGCCAGAGCAUCAUAUUCCACUUUAAUGGAAAAGGAUCAGAGCCUUUCUCUGACAUCACAAGAAGCCACGGAGUACCUGGAGCUCAGUCCUAAAGCUGAGAGCUACAGCAGUGUCCUGCCAGAGCGCCGUCCUUCUCUGCCCCACAACUUCACCUCCACCCUGGGCAGCGUCUGUGGGCCCGUUUGCUCCGCUGAGUUGGAGGAUGCUGCUGCAGAACCUCAGCCUUUACCUGGCAGGCUGCGUCAUUCUCGCCUUCAGAGCUCACCGUCCUCCUGCUACAGUGACUGGGAUAGCUCCCUGUGGAACACCUGGAGUUCAGCUAUGAACAGCAACCUGGACAGCAACCGCACCAGCCUCAUCAGCUCAGUGGACAGCUGCUACACCAACGACAGCGCUACGUUGGCUCACCUGCUGGCUGGGGCCACAGAGUCCAUGAGUGGAGCCUCUUUGACAGACUUCUCCCCGCCGGCCUCCCCUCUCAGCGCCUUGUACCCAUCGUUCCGUCCAGACGGUGAUGCCUUCAGGGAGCUGGAGUCCGUUCCUGCGUGGGACUGGAGCGUGGCCUGGAUGGAGGAGAUGGACGCCCAGUACAGAGCCCACUAUCCCAUCAGAAGUACAAAACCCUUCAACACCUAAAGGCUCUGCAGCGCCCGUAACAACACGAGGAAGCGCUGCACCAGAUCAGACUCUUUCCUUCAGGAGAACACACAGCAGACUGACCCAACGUUGCAGUCUGAGCAUUUUUCCAGCCUGGUUCUGAAGCCUAAUUUGAGGCAAUUCCCCGACACUUCCACAGGAGGUGCACAUUUUAUGCUGUUUGUAAUAGUUUUCCUACUUUACCUCAGGGCACUUCAGCUACUACUUUGAAUCUUUGAAAUGACUUUCAUGGAGCUGUUGGAGUUUUUUACUUGAAUCAUUUCCCUGAAAAAGAGCAUAAUGACAUGUUUCCCUUGGGAAAGUCCAGAAAGACGUGAUGGACACAGGCUGAGAGAUAGUGAGACAGCAGCCUUUGAACAAAAAAAUGUCAUUCUUGUUUUUAUGUAUUUCUUGCAGGGUUUCAUUAAGAUUGUGGUUUGAGACGAUUAGAGUCUUUUGGUUUUGUUUAGAUUAAAUGCUUUACAUCCAACUUAUUCUGCAAAGGUUAAUGAAUUUUAAACAUGAUCCAAAUCAGUUUCUCUCCUAUUCUCCUCAGCACUUCUCUCUUUCAAACCUUUAUGUAAACACUGAUUGGAGUCAUUAAAUUUAUUAAAGUGAAUGUCAGGUAAACAUCUGAAAGUUCUGUAGCUAUACAGAGCAGCAACACAACAUGCUACAUAUUAUCAGCAUCACUCUCAUUCACUAACCAAUGGCAUUCUGGACACUGUCAUGCUGCUCUUUGCUUCAGAUCAGGGCUUUAAGAGAUUCACCAGCAUGCAGUAUCGACACUUCUAAAUUUUACCCCCCAGGCUUCUACCUUCAUGCCUGCCCCCUUUCAACAUGUCCACAGUUUACACCUUGCAGCCUAUUUGUUGAUUUU